AUGUUCUCCUGGGACUGGCCAGAUGCCAACGACAGGACGCUCCUGAGAUUCAUCGACACGCUACCUCUAUUACUGUUAUGCUAUGCCCACGCUAUACUUGUUGUAAUACCCGCCCCUCGUCUCGUCCGAGCUGCACUGCUCCCCUUUACGCUAUACUAUGCGUGGUACGGAGGGACGCACUACGAUUUCGCGCGAACUCUGGCGUGGCCACUCGGAAAAAUAGGCUAUGAGCCUGAACGACUAAAUUAUCUGAACUUCAUGUUCGCCAUUAUUUGCAUCGGUCUCGCUUGUAGAUCAAUGGAAUGGACGAUUACUCCAGGCCCCUACCGCCGCUACGAUAGGCCAAUAGGCGACGCGCCACCCGUUGAACACCCCCUUACACCGCGAUACGUCCUCUCGGACGCCUUUGAGCUCUGCAUGAACCUCCGCGGCAUCGGCUGGUCCUUCACGCGCAAUAAGCUCCCUACACCUGUAUCGCCACCCCUACACAAACUCAUCCUACUACUGGACUACCACUGGAUCACAGUCGACUUCGGCUUAUACGCUUGCCAACGUCUACAACCUUCGAUGAACCUUCCCUCCGGCGCAAGCAUCUUCGACCCUGCGCGUCCACCACUCGAACGCGUACUCGUAGGGUGCACACACACAGCCAUCUCCGGCCUCAUCAUCUUCCGCGGGAUCCAAGUUAUGUGCGAAGUCGGCGCGCUCAUAUCGCGUCUGUUCAUGGGACUGGAGGACUGGCAAUGGCCCCGCCUAUUCGACUCGCCGUGGCGCGCGACGUCCAUUGCGGAUUUCUGGGCGAGAUGGCAUCAGCUUUUCCGGCGGUUCUUCGUCGUGAUCGGUGCGCGCCCCGUCGGAAGGGUCGGCCGUUUCAUCGCAGGAAAGACCGGAGAGCGCGUUUUGGGCGUUAUGGGCGCGUUCGGGAUCUCUGCGCUGUUGCAUGCCCUGGGGACGUGGGCGAUGGGCCACGGAUACGAGUUCUGGCCUAUGGGCGGGUUCUUCGUUAUGCAGGGUGUCGGUGCGGUGCUUGAGGGUGCCAGCCCGGUAAAGCCGAAAGGUGUGGCGGGUUGGGUGUGGACGAUGGCGUGGACGGUUGGAUGGGGGACGCAGAUGGUUGAUGCGUGGGCUAGGAGAGGGUUGUUUGCGAGUGAUUUCGUGCCGGGGUGGGCAAGGCCUAGUGUAUGGGUAGUAGAGAGGUUGCCCGCGUAUGUUGUAGAACUCUGGAGGAUGUGA